AUGAGUGUCAAUGUUAUUCCCGUUGCGAAUCCCCAUCAAAAAAUGGAAGGCAUCCAAAAUGUAAGACCUGAGGAAAUCAAAAAAAUUAUUGAAAAAGCCAAGAAUCUCCCCAGCAAAUAAGAGGGUGACUUUGUUAAGUUACAAAAUUAUGAAUUCCAAGUUGAUGAAUUCGAAGAAAUGGAAGACCCUCAAAAGAAUAAUAAGAAAAACAAAAAGCAAGCCAAAAAAGAUUCCAAAAAUGAAGUCUAAGAAUCCAAGGAUAAAGAAUAACUUGAUCAAAGCAGUGACAUUGAUUUAAAAAAAUAAUAAAAACCAAAAGCCAAAGAAAUUAAGAAGUAAGAAAAACCAAAGGCAAAAUAAAAGCAAAAAGAAGAAAUUGAAGAGCAACAAGAGGAAUAAGAAAUCCAAGAGAACAAGGAAGAAGAAUAACCAUAAGAGGAGGAAUAAUAAUAGGAUGAAGAAUAACAGUAAGAUGAAGAGGUUUAACCUAAAGAAAGUGAGGUAGAUCAGGAUGACAUGUAAAAGUAAUUAGAUGAGUAUGAUGAACAAAAUAAUCAAUUAUAGCAAUCAUAAGCUUAAGAGAAUUCGUAAAUACAAUAGUCUUAAGUUUCUUAAAAAUCAUCAAAUUAAAAAAAGAAAAAGUUCUAAUCUGGUUAUGCUGCUAUGAUGGAUGAUCUAUUGAAUGAAUCAGAAGUAUCUAUUAGUGAAGAACAACCCAAAAAACAAAAAAUUGAAGAAAAAUAACUGGCCUCGUCUUAGAUGGAUGCUAAAAAAGAAUAAGAAUAUCUAAAGAUUAUUAAAUAGUACUAACAAAAGAUUAAACAACUUAAUGAGGCCAUCGAUUAAUAGAAACAACCUGUUCUUAGUGAAAUAAUUGAAGAUUAAAUUGAAGAAUUUUAAGAAUAACUUGAUAAAACAGAGGAAUCCAUUUCCAAUAAGAAACACUUAUAUCCAGGUAUUGCUGGGAUUGGAAUAAGUCUAUAUGAUGAAUUUAGAUUGCCUUAAAUAGUUGAAGAGCAAGUCUAACAUCGACUCAAGGAGUUGGGUGUUCAGGAAAGAUAAAGUGAAGAAGCUGAAUAAAAAAUAAAAGAUCUUGAAGAGCAACACUAAGCUGAAUUAGAUAGAAUCAAACAAAAUUAUGAAGAACAAUUGCAAUAAAUGAGAUUAGAAAUUGAACUUUAAUAAGAGAGGGUAAAAGAAGCAGAGAGACUGAGAUAUGCUGAAUCAGAGAUUAGUAAAGUCUUAGAUAAAGAUGAAAUUGAACGAUUAAAAAAUGAUCCUUUAUUUUCUGUUAUGAGUUCCAACCUCGUAUAAUCAGUGGAUUCAAAUGUCUCUUAAUUGAUGAGAGAUGAAAGCAUGUAUUUAAAAUAUCGAGAUUUGUUACAGAAAUAUAAACCUAAAGCUGAUUAGUUGGAGAAUUGCAUGGAGAUUGUCAACUCCAAAAUCCAUGACUUAAUAACACUUAAAGAGGCAUAAGAACUGAAUCAACUUAAUACAGAUUCAAAUAUCUCUAUCAGUAAGGUUAUGGAUAUUGAUGGGGCUGUCAGACUUUUAGAGUAAAAUUAAAAUGUCAAUUCAGAUAUUGAUUCUAUCAUUUCUCCAUCAGAGUAAAUCAAAUUUAAAAAGGAUCCCAAAUAUCAAGAACCUUCUCUUCCUAAUUCGAGUAUAGACUUCUCAAUUCCAGAAAAUUAUAAGUUAUAAAGAAUGGUAGAUAGUGAUUACAGUAACUUCAAUAUGAAGAUUAACGAAGAUGGCUCUUUGUUUAUUGAAUUACAAAAAGAACUUGAAUAGAAUUAUCCAAUGACUGAAUCUAACAGAGAGAUUAUUUAUCAAUAAAUUAUUCAAGACUAAAAGUAGGAGUUUGAUAAACAAGUGAAAAAACUCUAAAAAUUGAAACCAACUUAUAAGUCUAAAUUAUAUUUUGGGGAAUCAAUAGAUUCCUCUAUAGGCUCUUUGGCUAAUGAAUAAGUUCCAAAGAAUUUAAGCAGCAAUAUAAGUAUGAUUAGCAAAUCUUAAUCAAAUGAGUCUAUAAUUGGUUCUGUGGUUAGUAGAAAAGAGAAGGCGGAGUUGUACGAGUAAUGCCAAUCUAAAGAAUCCUCUAUUUCAAAAUUAUAAUUAUCUAAAAAUGAUUUUGAACAAUUAGGCUAAAUAAGUAGUGGGAUCAGCUAAUUGAAUUCGAUUGUUGAUAGUUACCAAUCACAUGAUUAGUCUGUCAGUAGUGGAAUUAGUAAAGUAUUGAAUGAUAAGCAAUUACAAAAGGAGAAGUAUUCCAAUAUUGAUAGUUCAUUAAAUAUCAGUCAAGGAGGAUCUUCGAUAAAAAGUUUCCUCCUACUCAAAAAGUCAAUGAUCUCUAAAAAAUAUUGA